GUGCAAUUCCGUUUCCGCUCUGCUCGUGAUUUUUGUCCGCUCUGCAGGAAUGUGUGGAAAUGCUCGCGCUGGAGAAGAGGUAACAACCGCACCUUUCUGCUGACAAAUGAACCGACUCACGGCCGUCCGUGCCUUUGGGUUUCGGCGCUGAGGGAAACGGAGACUGACUCGGAUCGCCGUGUAGCUAAAUAUCUCUCCGAUUAUUCCACAUUCCCGCAUGAUUGAUUGAAGCCGACCCUCCUCAUGGCGAAAAACACUCUGUCCUCGCGAUUUCGGGGAGUCGACAUCGACGAAUACGACGAGAAUAAAUUCGUGGACGAUCAGGAUGAGGCGGCCGAACAGCAGGGACCAGACGCGUCUGAGGUUGACAACCUCAUCAGGCAAGGAGAAAUGAUGAUGGCAUUUCACAUCGCCCUGAAAAAUCCACCAAUCAACUCCAAGAAUCCAGCAGUGAAAGAGCGAGCCCAGGCCGUGGUGUUGCGAGUGCUGACUUCGUUUAAGGGCAGUGAUAUUGAGCCAGCUGUGAAGUCUCUGGAUAGGAAUGGAGUGGAUUUGCUGAUGAAGUACAUCUACAGAGGCUUUGAGAAGCCAUCAGAUAACAGCAGUGCCAUCCUGCUGCAAUGGCAUGAAAAGGCCUUUGCUGUGGGUGGUCUGGGGUCCAUCGUUCGAGUGCUUACUGCAAGAAAGUCUGUCUGAUAAACCAAAAGAAGAAACCAACCACAGGAUCUACCAUUUCUCUUUCUUAGACACAGACUACUUCUGAAAACCUUCUGGAGAAAUCACACACCACUACCGCAGCCAAAACAUUAUUUCACUCUGUGUGGAAAUACUGUAUGAUAUUUAAUGUAAAUUAUUGAUUCUUGAAUAUGUUCUUACAAAAGUCAUAAAGCCAGACACGUUUUUGACCGAUGAAAGUGAAGUGGUUUUUGCAACAGUCCAUGAACUGCAAAAGAAAGACAUUGAAUCUGUUAAAGAGGCUUUGCUGUAUAAGCCCUGAGCCGCUAUUCAGGGUAUUAAAUACUGUGACAAAUACAAAAGUUGUAUUUGCUGGUUUUAUUUAGUUGGCACUCUUGGAUGUGUAGUUCUUGUUUCUUUAGUUCCAAUUCUCAGUUUUCUUAUUGUACAGAAAGAGGAUGAUGUUUAAUAUAUAGUAUUUAGGUGGUGGAUAUAUGGUUCAAUUCAUAGUGUGGGGUCGAGUUGGGUUGGGAAGGUUAUUGUGAAGUGCCUGGUGCAAUAAAGAAUAUAAAGUA